AUGAAUAGCACCUCCUCCUCCUCCCACGGCGCCGAAGCGACCAACCGGCAAGAGCUUGUCCGCAAGCGUGGUUAUGAUGCCGAAAUCACAGUACACAUAGGCGGCAUCCAGCGCGAUGAGAUGAAGCAAAUCGGCCUAUAUUGGCCUUUACGCAAGCAGAUGUCACAUAAUGUGGACAUCUUCAACAGACAUGACUAUCGCAUUGAAGAAGAUCUGUCGAAAGCUGUUCCUACCAAACGCAAAGCGAAUGCUGGCAAUCACAGUAUUUGCGCUCAAUACCUCACCGAGAAGUACAUUGAGGUCUUCAUCGACUUACAAAGUCUUCAUUAA